AUGGAGUUUUCAUUUCUGGGAACAACUAGUAGUAUCCACCACGGUCAAGGUCUGGGAAAAGGAAGGACCACAGAAAUACCAGUAUUCAUAGUAGCGAUCUUGGCAGUAAUAGGAACAGCAAUAGCAGCUCCACAGGGUAAAGUCCAGCCCGGCUCACGAGUACCAAACAUUGCCAUCUUGCGGCAAGCACUGGACCUUCAGCACGAUGGUUCCUAUCAGUACAGCUACGAGACAGAAAAUGGAAUAACAGCGCAAGAGCAGGGGUCGAUCAAGAACCUGGGGCAACAGGACGAGGCGGCGGUGGUACAGGGUGCAUUCUCGUACACAUCCCCAGAGGGAUAUCCCGUCAAGCUGAACUACGUCGCUGACGAGAAUGGGUUCCGUGCUGAGGGAGUCCACCUGCCAACGCCACCACCCAUCCCUGAAGCUAUCCUGAGGGCCCUCGAGUACAUUAGGGCUCACCCUGAGGAGAACGACGAGAACUAUAAUAGAGGUGGAAUCCCCAACAGGGGCGUAAUUGCCAACAGGAGGUUCUAGACCUAAGGGAUAAGUGAUUAUCACUUUUGAACUGCCAUAAACAAGACAACAUAAACGAUAAUUACGAUGAAAAUAGGUCUCUGUAAACAAUCAAUUUCAAUGUACAAAUAAUUCACUUUGUGUAUGCAGAGCCGUGGCUUCUUUUACGUAUGUUUUUAAAUGUUCUGUCUUGGGGCGUUCGUAUCAACAUAUUUCUGUGAACAAAUGGCAUAAACUUGCCCUUUCACUAGAUAUCUUUAUUUCGGAAGUUCAGAAAACCACACUCAUACUGGCUAAUAUUGUCGAAAAUACUCGUCAUCACAAAACAUGAUUCAAGCAAAUCAUUACUCUUAAUUUCUUACCUGCAUUCAUCUUUUCUAAAAACUUCUAUCAUAAAACUACUUCAGAGAAUUUCACAGUACCCCUACAAGGUGAUACAAGUCAGAAUAUCCAUCAUCAUAAAUAUUUUAACACUAAGAGUUAACUUCAUACCACCAAGACAAUAUUUUUUUAAUAACCUAUUGUUUUCUAACAACAACGUGUCUUAUUGUCAACGAAUUUUUAAGCUGUUUUCUGGUCGUAAGGAUACAACAAAAUAAAUUAUGGAAGUGUUCAUAUCCAACAACACGCUUCAUUUUUUAUUUUGUGUAAAUCAGGAUUAUGUCUUUGAUAAUCAAUGACGACUGAAUGUACCUCUCAUCGUUCAAAGAAUCAAUUACUUUCACAUCAGUUGGCAUAAUUAUGUUCAAUGCUUAAAGACAGCAACAUGUUCAUGUAAACCCGAUUCUGUGCUGCUACGAAGAUAUUUACAUAAACAAUUGGAUAAGCUGAGUGCAUCACAAAAUUCUCCUUAUUAAAAUCAUCAAACAAAAAUCGAGUUACCUCAUUAAAGUACUAUAUAUUUUAUUCAAAGAUAUGAUUAAAUACUGAACAGACGUCUUUAAGUUAUUUUUUCUUCUGAAAAGUAAUGUUUAAUCAAUUUGGCCCAUGUCCCCACACUUUCCUUAGGUUAGGAUAAUACAACGAAACUGCCCUUUGUUAUAAAAUAAGAAUAAUAUAAUUAAUAUAUUUUGUAAGAAAAUAAUAAUAACAAUGAUAAUAAUAAUAUAUAUAACCUGCUAUGUAGUUCCCUUUCUGCGAGAAAAAGAAGUAGCAGGCAUACAUCACUUCAAUUCUUCCUGCUAGAUGGCAGCUGCAUAGUGUGACAAAAGUCUAUGUAAGUCAAAUGUCACUUUGUAAUUCUUAGGAGUAUAAUAAAGCAGUUUAAGAUAUUA